AGGUUAUCUUGAAAACACAGUCGUUUUGGUAGAAAAGAGGAAACACUAGAUCGGAAUUUCACGAGAGAGAAACAUUCUCUCGGCUCCGAAACGCAUUCAAUCGCUCUCUUUCUCACUCGGUUACUUUCAGCUGCAUCAACCAAUCUCGUAAACUUACCAAAAGUAAUCACCUUUAAUCAUCCAACAUGUUCAAGAAGUUUUCAUUGGAGGAGAUUUCAUCGCAAAACCAAGUAAAGGCUUCUGUUCAACGUAGGAUUCGACAGAGUAUUCAAGAAGAGUACCCGGGACUUGAAACAGUGCUGGAGGAUCUACUUCCCAAAAAGUCUCCUCUCAUUGUUGUGAAGUGCCCAAACCAUCUGACCCUUGUUGUUGUCAACAAUGUCCCCCUCUUUUUCUGUAUCCGUGAUGGUCCAUACAUGCCAACUCUGCGGCUUCUUCAUCAAUACCCAAAUAUAAUGAAGAGAUUUCAAGUUGAUAGAGGUGCCAUAAAGUUUGUUUUCUCUGGUGCAAACAUAAUGUGUCCUGGUCUCACAUCCCCUGGAGGUGUUCUGGAUGAAGAAGUUGAGGCAGAAAGGCCAGUGGCUAUAUAUGCAGAAGGAAAGCAACAUGCCUUGGCAAUAGGCUUCACCAAAAUGUCAGCCAAGGACAUUAAGAGCAUCAACAAGGGAAUCGGAGUGGACAACAUGCAUUACCUCAACGACGGUCUCUGGAAGAUGGAACGGCUUGAUUGAAGUCGCAUAUCAUGUGAAUCACCGUGGGAAAAGAUAUAAUAUUGUCUCAUUUUAUGUGUUUCUAAACUUAUGGAGCGUUUGUUCGGAUCUCAACCUUAGCAUCUGUUCUCAAAUAUUUGAUGUUUUGUUUUAUGAGAGGACAUCAACCUUAGCUAAGGCUAAUACAGCUUCUAAUUAUUUUUGCUAGUUCCGUACAAUCAUGCCUAUAAUUACACCUUUGAACAUACGAUCACUAAUCGUAACUGUUUCAAAAUAAGCAUGAUUGAAG